CCUAAUAGGGGGGUUCACAUUGACUAACUUACCGGACAGACCAGCCGCCAUUUGGUCUGAUCUGAUGCUGUUUUGAUAGUGUGAACACCCAUCCGACAGCCUGUCCGGUUUGCCGGAUGGUUUUCAAAAAAUUUUGAUUUUUUGGUGGUCGGACGAACAUGUUAGUCAAUUAAACGACAUGUCUGUCCGGCAGACAGUGAUAAUCCAUUGUCUCUAAUUUGAGAGCAGAAUAGGGUAAAGAUAUAUUAAAAAUAAGCUGAAAAGUGGGUUUUGAUGAAAAUUGUCUGAUGAGUGUGAACGAAAAAUAUAAUUCGGCCAUCAGGCCAAAUGACAACGGGUCUGUCCGGUAAGUUGGUCAAUGUGAACCCCCCUAAUAAAAGAACAGACCAAAGUUGCAAUUUUGUGAUAUAAAUAAAUAGGAUAAACAUUUCGUUUUGAUUAAGGUAUAGGGUUGCUAUUAAAAGUUCAAUAAACAAAAUUUUCUUAUUUAUUUUACGCAAAUGAAUGGAAUUAUUCAUGGUUUGAGUUGGUUUCCCAACGCCGAUGAGAAGUUUGUUACUUGGGGGCAGGAUAUUAGUCUCUAUAAAGUGAUACCUAAGAACGACAAUGAACCAUUAAGAAAUCGUGAUCUCCAAUUAUCUUCCAAACAUACUGCUACAUUUCUUGCCUCUGAAAGUCGCUAUCAAUAUGUUAGAUGUUUGCAGCCUUCUUAUCAUAAAGACACUAUUUUGGCAGUCGGAUUGGCCGAUGGAAAAGUUGGAAUUUGCAACUUUAAUUCAGGCUCAGAUCAAAACUCGGAAUUCACUCCAAGACAACAGCGAUCGUGUUUGUGUCUCGCAUGGAAUCAUAUAGAACCAAAUGUCUUGGCCAUUGGGCAUGAUCGAAAUAGAUCUGACUGUUGUAUUACUAUAUGGGAUACUGGAAGUGGUUUUCCAAAAGAAACACCUCAAUUUUUCGGUUUAUCGGAGUCUGCUCAUUCUUUGUGCUGGGACAGCAAUCACCGUGCUCUUGUCGCUGGAAUGAGCCAAAAAAUGAUAAAACUCUUCGAUUUAAGACAAAACUCUCCAACUUGUACUUCAAUAAACACAAAAGCCGUUAAUGGUCUUGCAGUCUCGGGUAAUGGCAACUACCUGAGUAGUUUUUUAGACUCAGUUAUACUUUUGUGGGAUCUUCGAAGCAUCGAUAAACCUCUUAAACAAAUUCAAUGUUCCAAGGACAAUAUUUUAGUAACUUGGUGCCCCAAUAAACCUAAUCUUUUGUCUUCCUUACAACGUGACUCUCCAUUUAUAUACAUUUAUGACAUUCAUGCUGUCGAUGUAGAAAGUGCCAGAGAAUUGUAUCACACCAAAAAUCAAUACACACCCUUCCAGUCGAAGUUGUAUUCAUCGAACAAAAAUACAGCCAUUUCAUCAGCAUCCUGGCAUCCAAUAGACAACGAAAGAAUAUUGGUAUUAUCUGAAUCAGGUAGCUUAACCGAUUUUCGAAUACCUCCAAAAAUUGUAAUGUCAUGGAAUAAUCAAUUGAAAAUCUCCACUGGACUUGUUAUGCGGCCAUUAAAUCCUCCGAUUUCCUCUCAAGUGAGCGUAGAUUCUUCACAAAUGGCUUUGAUUUCUUCUUAUCGUUUUGCUGAGUUUAUAGAUGACGAUAUUUCUGAAACUAUUCGAAUAAGGGCACAACACAAUUACGGAUUAAAGGCUGAAUUAAGACAUUUUGGAGAUUUUCUCAAUAGUAGUUAUCUAAAAAAUGUUUGGAAAGCCCUUUUACACAUCUAUCGAGGGGAAAGAUUAAUUGGGUUGAAAAAUGUUCUAAAAAUAAGUCUAACUACACAAAAUCAAGGUGAAGAACUUGUCCCAUCAACAGGACUAGAAUCACACGUACUGCAAUGGCCAGAUUCUAUAAAGAAUACUAACAAUCUUGUGUGCUAUAGGAGUGAACAACGUGAUGCUGCCCUUAAGCUGUGUGGAUGGACUUCUGAUCAAGAUAUGGAUAGAUUUAUUCGAUCCCUGUGUGAUAACAAAGAAUAUUCGAGAGCCGCUAUGAUUUGUACGUUUCAUUUAAAAAUUCAACAGGCCUGUGAAAUUCUUUCAAAGGCUGAGGAUCAGUCUGAUGAUCACAGCAUGUAUCGAAUAGCUGCAAUUGCAUUAUAUAGCUUUAAUGCCGAUCAAGACAAUAACGCAUGGAAAACUCAAAGAAUCAACGCCAAUAUGCAAAUUCAAGAUCCUCAUUUGAGAGUAAUCUUUUCAUUUAUAACAAUAGAAAAUGAAAAUUUUGAAGCUGUUUUGAAAGAGGAACAGAUACUGUUAUCGGAUAGAAUUGCCUUUGGUUGUAAAUAUCUCAGUGAAAAUAAAUUAGCUGAAUAUAUUAAAUCCUGUAUUCAAACAUCAAUCGAAAAGGGUGACUUGAAUGGACUUUUAUUAACUGGAGAAUCAGCCGAGGGAAUAAAUAUUAUGCAAAGCUAUAUUGAUAGAACAGAAGAUGUCCAAACUGUUUCACUAAUUGCCAUAUGGUUCUUUCAAAGUGGUCUCUUCUCAGAUAGUCGAAUUCAAUAUUGGACUUCUAGUUAUUUAAAUCUUCUUGAUUCUUGGCGUCUUUGGGAAAAACGGGCAGAGCUGGAGAUUAAUAUGCAAAACAUUCGUUCUGUUCCUACAACAUCACGAACUGUUUUUCUUCUUUGUAACUUUUGUGGAAAGUCCGUCUCAUCUGCCUUGCAAGACGACGCAAGACUGCGAAAUGUUAGCUCCAAUGUCAAUAAGCUUUCAUCCUGUCCAAGCUGUCGCAAACCUUUGCCCCGUUGUUCCUUAUGCCUUCUGCACAUGGGGACAAAUGUCCAUUUUCCACCUCAAAGCGCAUUUGGCCAUGAAGGCCUUGGUUGGCAAUCAAAAUCAUUUUCGAAAUGGUUUUCCUGGUGUCAAACUUGUCGUCAUGGAGGACAUACUGAACAUAUCAUGCAGUGGUUUAGUCAAAACUCUGAAUGUCCUGUGGCAUUGUGCUCCUGUAAAUGUUUUGACAUGGAUGGUACAAUUCCUAAGAGCUACCGUGAUGUGUCGUAAAUAAUGAAAACAAUUUAAUAUGUAAAACAAUUUACAAAGUUAAUAAUAACAUUUUUAACUGUUUUUUAAAUGA